CUGUUGGCUAGCCUCUAAAUGAUACUCUGUUUGCUGGAAGUCAUUGGGUUUUCCAGCAGGAUUCCGCUCCAGCUUACAAGGUCAGGUCAACUCAGCAGUAGCUGCAAAAGAACAUUCCAGGGUUCAUCUCUGUCUCGGAUUGGCCCUUAGGAAGCCCUGAUCUCAACCCACUAGAUUAUCGGCUCUGGUCCGAACUGGAGAGGAUGGCAUGCCACAGAGCCCUAACUUGGAAAGCCUCAAACAAUCUUUGGCCCGAGCAGUUAAGCGCUUUCCUCAAGAAGUGCUGUGUGCUGCUAUUAGUGACUGGCCACGGAGAUUAAAUGCCUGGACAAGGAAGAUCCUAGUACACCAAGAAAUCAAGGAAACAGGUUAUAGACUCGAGUGUUUUAGAGAAGAGGCCAAGAAAGCCCAUCUCGUUUCUCCACACACUAGAGAGAAAACCGAGGGAAAGGGGGCAUCAGGCAGCCUGUUUAUUUACAACAAUGUCAUCAUCUAA